UUUUAGUCAAAUACUCAUUCCGAAUUAAAGUUGGCCUGAGGUUUUUCACAAUAUUGUCUUGAUUUGUAACAUGUUUUAUACAAUUGACCAGUAAUGAACCAUUCCAUUCUAUCAUCGUUCACGUAAAUUAACGAUUUGAGUUCGUGUUCAUGUUACUUGGGCUUAAGUUAAGUUUACUCCGUAUAUGCUAAAUGAAUUAGUAAAUAGUCACCAAUAGUAAUGUAUGUUUGUUGAUUGCUAUGAGCGGAGAUUAUAGAAUCUUUGAUACUCCGUGUUUUCCUAUGUAACUGUUUAAUCGUGCGUGAUUGCGUAACGUGGUCGAUGUUUGGACCCUACGGACGUUCAUUUGAAACGUGACCGACAGUUUUCUUCAACUCUUGUUCUUAUUCAAACUUAAAAUGUAUGUUUAUGCCAUUUUCAUGAUGCUUUUUGCAUUUUUCUCCAAAAGUAUAUAAAGAGUGCAAGAAGUUAUGCUCAAAGGUAUUUAGAUUUCGUAAAGUUUAUUAUUUCGGAUGAUAUCAUGUUUGCUCGUGAUGCAGAUUUCUCUUUGACUAAAUGCUAUAUAUGAUGUGCUGUUCACCUGUCGUCAUUCGUGAUUAAUCUCAUUAAUCUACACCUGUAAUUGAAGUAAACUUUGUAAGUGUAUGAACUUUUACUUUUAACGUUAUUUUUGUGUAGUUCCGGUUGUGUAGACCUUUAACUUUUUUAUUAUUGAAUGAUGGAUUGCACGUAUAAUGCAUAGCUGAUUUGGAAUUAAACAUUUUUUCCUGGAUAACUUUGUGCAAUAUCAGUAAUCCAGAGUAUGGUGUGAAUACUCGAAAUACAGUGAAAACAUUUUUUUUGAGUAAAUCAAGUUUGUGAUGUUAUAUUUGACACGUUCUGUGUACUGCAGUCUAUCUGUUGAAUGUGUGCUUCAAAAUUUAACAUAUUUUGGCCUGCAGAAAGAUCUCAGUUGUCUCGUGCUGUUUGUUUUGGCUUAAGGAAAUACCAUUGUUUAAAUCCUCACAAUAAGAGUUCAAUCACAUAAAUACUCAGUAUUUUCCAUCCAUUUUACCACUAUACCUGUGUUAAAGCAAAUCUACAAACAACUAGGCAUUGGCAAUCAUUGAUUCAUGUAAGAACAUACUUCAGUUUGUUUUACCUGUGACUCAAAGACUGACAACAUUGAUAAGGCAAAGAUGCAUCUAAUGAGCGUCUCUUUAUGACUAGUCUCUGAGUCACAUUUAGUCAGUGUAUUUGGAGCCGCCCAGUUACAAAGCUGCCCAAACUAAGACAUCCGGCCUGUCAGCCUAGUGGUUCUCUUCGGGACUAUUCAACUUGUUAUUUGCUACCUACUCCCUCCCGCUAACACUCAGUUCCCUGUCAAUUUCUUGCUCUCCUCAACUCCCUUCUCAGUUCCCACUUUAUCUCGUGCACUAACCUUAUGCUCGUGAGUAGCAAUCAAUCUGCUGUUUUUCCUCUCUUUUUUCCGUCAUUUUUAAUGUGCCUCAGGUUGAGGGCAGACGCCCCCUUUGGAGCAUUGCUUAUUUGUCCAUUGGAAUGCUGCUGGAUCUAAAAAUAGCGGUCUGAUGUACAUUGUUGCUCUUCAGAUGAUCAACCUCUUAUAUGAGAGUCUUCUUGGCUCCUGGAGCUUCCUGUGCACCCUGCAGUAGAGAAGAGCAGUCACUGACCAGACCUGCGGGGGAUGUCUGCCUGCGUUCAGCAGAGUGAUGGAUGGGGGGGAGCCGCCUACACCGCUGAGAGCGCAGAGGUACACAUUGGGCCGGGGGGUGAAACGUAAACUGAGUUCGUGUGAGGACCUGGACCUGCCAUAUCCUCAGCAGAGGCAGCUUGUGCUGGACUUAUGUCUGGACAAGCUACAAAACUGCCAGCAGCGGGCAGAACCCAGCCUGCAUCGUUCGGUUCUGCUGGCCAACACCCUCCGCCAGAUUCAGCAGGAGAUGAGACAGGAGGGGGAAACAUAUUUGCCUCCAGCCCCACUUGGCCCCUCGCUCCAUGCCUCCACCCCACGUCAUUUCCCUGACUUGCCACCCGUGCCCUUAGACUGUCCUCCCUCCCUAAUCGGAGCGCUGUCCCCUUUAUUUCCCCUCACCAACGCAUCGGAGGACGUCCAGUUAGGUGGUCCUGAAAACGAGACCGUUUUACCGUCCUUUGCAGCUGAGGAGAAUGCAAGAUCGUCGGAUUCGCUCUUCGGUUCGUUCGAGAUUACGAAUUCCACCAGCUACUUGACUGACUUGCCACUGGACGACAUCUUUGAGGACAUCGACACGUCAAUGUAUGACUCCUCUGACAUUUCUGUUUUGCCAAUUCCUGGGCAGAGAAGUGGCGGGGUGGAUGAUGGCCUCAAGAAUGCUUCUUGCUGCUCCUCCAACGGCAGCCUACAGCUCUGUCUCUCAGACCUCAAUGACCUGGACCACAUCAUGGAGAUCCUUGUGCGCUCCUGAACCUCUUGCACCGCAGGGUCCUCACUAACACAGCCAUCCCGAUGUUUUCUAUGGGAAGUAAUACCAUGUUUUUUUAAACAAAUGUUUUAUCUAUUUUUAUACAAAGGACUGAUAUAUUUAUCUAAGAAACUGCCUGACACACUCUCACUGUAGGAUAAAUGCACAUUUUUAAGACUUUUCGGAUGUCGAGCUUACGCCGCCAUCAUUCAUAUUUAAGCAAACUAAAAUGAAUAUUCAGGGACUUCAGAAACAAAGUAUUACUCUUUAUUUAUAUCGGAACAUGACUCGCAAGAUGUAUUCGAGAGAAAAUGGAAAAAUAACAGAUCACGACGGACACUUUAGCUUUUGAUGAGAUAAAUGACAUUUAUAUUUUUGUGAACUGAUCUCCACUGUAUUCUAAAUCAUUACAUUUACUUUCAGUAAUUAUGAUUAUCAUGUCAUGCACAUGCAGCUCCCACACUACCUCUUCAAGAUUCCAAGAGCUCUUUCUAUACAAAGACUGUCAUUGUUACAACUGUCUUUUAAUGGUUUCUUCUCAAUAACUUUCAAAACAUGGUGAUUGUUUUAAAUACGACUCUCUCUUCACAGGAGAGCCUGUCCUUAAAUGGUAGGAUUCAGUCCAAAGCUAUCGCUGUAGAAGUUGACGGAGCCUUACGGGCACUUUUCUGAAUCAUUUGGUAUCAAAAUCAGCUAUGUCGCUUGCGUAUAAAGUGAUAUAUAUUGUAUAA